AUGACCGCCAAGCCUCGUCAGCCUGGUCGAAAAUCGCUUAAGCAGUCGCUCAAGGACAUCUUCCAACGCAGGCGAGCAAGGUCGGAUCGUUAUGCUCGUGACACCGUGGGAUCGGGUAUCUUGCGAUGGGCAGAUCCCUCAGAGUUUCAACUCUUCUCAGUCACCACUUUCUCCUCAUUUCCCGAUGGGAGCGCCAGCGUAUUUGGUGCCGAGGAGUGCACCAUCAUCAACCCUAUUCCAGACAGGUUCAAGACCUCACCGUCCAAACAAUAUCCAGAUUCGCAAACUCGAGAAUCUCUUCUACCUGUGACAAGCCUCAGUCACAUCGAUCUGCAUCAUGCCUACCUUCAGAGGUCGACCGUUCCACACUACUCAACACAAAAAGUCACAUCUCCAUCGGAUACUUCUGUCCUAAGCCGAGAGGCGAGCAUCUCGAACCUGUCGUCCAUCUCCUGUGCGUCAACGUUGAAGCUCCAGCAGUCUCGCCAGCGGAUCGACAAUGCAGAACGAGGACAGAACUCAUCAGGGGAUUCGCUUAAAGGUCAUGUCGCCUCUGCACGGCGUCAAGAAGCGCAGGUGUCGUGGCUGCAGUCUCCAUCUGUCAGUUACGCAUCAAUUAUAGGGGACGGCACCUCGAACGGAACAAAAGCACGGAUCCAUCAGCAGGACGACACGAUCAGUGCCGUCGGACAGGUUGAACAUUUCAAAUCUUUCUGUGUACUUGACACCGCAUUGCCAGGAUGUCCGGUGGUAGCAACUAGCUGGGAGCUUCGAUACGCUCUUGACAUUGGCGAGCCCUUCUUCCUCAAUAGUUGCGAGUGUGAAGGUGCUUCCAUGGACGUUGUCACCGGUCAGGAUGCGGCAGGAGAGCCGGUCACUCAUCUGGUUCUCUUCGCACCUCUGGCAAGUCCAAGCAGCGGCCGAGGCCGCUUCCUUCUGGCUAGCCUGAUUGAUGUUACCAGAUUUAUUCAGGAUGCCGCCUCACUGCCAGAACUUGACACAUCCCCUGGGAGUUCGUUGUCGGACCGUGACUUGCAGACAGUGUUGCAUGACGACCCAUCAUCCAGGUGGCCCCCAGCGACUUACAAACUGUCGGCAGAGGAUCUCUUGGGAGGCUGCCUCUUACCGGAGGAUCGGGACCCUUACCAGAUCUCCCCAGAUGACAUUUGGCUGAAUUUGGCCCUCGAAGAAAAGAGCAAAGCAUCGACAACCUCAGGAUCAAAGCCUCGGUCUACAUCAAGGGUGGACAAGAAGACCAAGAAGACCUCGCCCUCAUUUGCCACAAGCAAAGUCGUGGACGAAGUUCUGGAAGACUUUAUGAAUGGCUUGCGAGAGUUGUAUUCGGACUUUUUCCUUUUGGGCAAAUCUCCGCUUGAUGACACGGUCUAUGAGAUCUGCAACGUUUCACCCGCAGUAUUUGCGGCUAAAGAUUACAUGCAUGGACAUCUCUCUCAUACUGAGGAACAAACGAUUGUCGAGCUGACUACGAGCCUCGCGAAAGACGCCCCGUUCAAUAUCAGCGUAAGAUGGGGGUUCCAAGGCGUGGACAAAUUGCUUUACUGCAGCCCACUAUACGGACAAAACUCCCACACGUGGAUAUGUUUCGUGGUGGAUGACCGUGUACCACAACUAUGGUAA